AUUUAUUUUUUAAUUUGCUGCUACUUUUAUGGUAUAAAGUACAAAGAUGCUUGCACGCGCGCGGGCCUCGGCCUGACCUGAGAUGAAUGUUUUCCAUGUUUGUGUUUCCCUCAUGAUGUUUCCAAGUUCCGAGCAUGAGGUAAAGUCUGGGAAUCACGUGUGAGCUCCGCGUCCGGGCCGAGGGCAGCCCAGCGGCGGCAGCAGCGCUCCGGCUCCUCUGGGCGGACGCCUCGCCUCCGCCGUAACCACCGCCUCCUUCUCCAACGGCACUGGGGCAGAUUUACGCUGCAGCUUUUUAUUUAUGAGCACCCGUCCGCCCUCCGGGAAGCCUCCAGCACGGCGUGACCGCGUAAAACGGGCGAGACGACGACAUGGGAAGCCGCGUGUGCCCGCGAUGACCGAGCGUUUGGCCCGAAUAAACUCGCCGUUUUGUCGCCAGAGAGGGAAACUUAAAGCAGGACUUGUUUUUGGAGUUCCACCUCCCCUCCGCUCUCCCAGUAGGAUUUGAAUCAAAGGCGAAAACCAAGAUGGCCGCCGACUCAGUGCAGGGGGAUGCCAGGGGCCAACUGGUGGCAGAGCGACUGGGGCUAGGACACAACUUGGACCUUUCUGACACCAUGGUUCAACAGAAGCUGGACGAGAUCAAGGAGCAGAUUCGCCGUGAGAUCCGGAAGGAACUGAAAAUCAAAGAAGGUGCAGAGAACCUGCGCAAGGUUACCACGGACAAGAAGAGCCUGGCUUAUGUCGACAACAUGCUGAAAAAAUCGAACAAGAAGGUUGAGGAGCUUCACCAGGAGCUGCAGGAACUCAAUGCCCACAUUGUGGUCAAAGACCCUGAAGAAGUGCUAGAGUGCCCUUUGACGCCAGAUACGCCCACCAUGUGCACCAGCAGCAACCGCCUGGCUGCGCUGAAAAGGCAGAACGACAUCGAGCUCAAGGUCAAGCAGGGCGCCGAGAACAUGAUUCACAUGUACUCCAACGGAUCGUCCAAGGAUCGUAAGUUGUUAGCAACAGCGCAGCAGAUGCUUCAGGACAGCAAGACGAAGAUUGAGUUCAUCAGGAUGCAGAUCCUUAAGGCCAGCCAGGCCAGUGAGCUGAGCUUCGAGAGCAACGAUGUGAUGGACAAACCCAUCAUCAGCCCGCUGGACCUGCGGGUGGAGGAGCUGUGUCACCAUGCCAGGAUCGAAUCUGCUGUAGCGGAAGGAGCCAAGAAUGUCAUGAAACUCCUAGGCUCAGGAAAAGUAACAGAAAAGCGGGCACAUUCAGAGGCCCAGGCUCGAUUUAAUGAGUCGAGUCAGAAACUCGACCUGUUACGAUAUUCCCUGGAGCAACGCCUCAACGAGUUGCCUAAAAACCACCCUCGCAGCAGUGGCAUCAUAGAGGAGCUGUCCCUGCUCUCCUCACCCGCCCUCAGCCCUAGAUCCAGCAUCAUCUCCACACAGAACCAGUACAGCACCGUCACCAAACCAGCAGCACUCACAGGCACGUUAGACGUCAGACUCAUGGGUUGCCAGGACCUUUUGGAAAACGUCCCCGGUCGUUCCAAAGCGGCGUCCGCGCCGCUGCCGGGCUGGAGCCCCAGCGAGACGCGCUCGUCCUUUAUUAGCCGAGCGAACCGGAACCGCGGCGCGAGCUCGAGGAACCUGACAAAGAAUGAGGAGCUCUCCAAUGAAAUCAGUGCAGUACUGAAGCUGGACAACACAGUAGUCGGACAAACGAGCUGGAGGCCGGUCAGCAACCAGGCCUGGGACCAGAAGUUUACACUGGAGCUGGACCGGUCCCGUGAACUGGAGAUCUCUGUGUACUGGCGCGAUUGGCGCUCGCUCUGUGCCGUGAAAUUUCUGCGGCUGGAGGACUUCCUGGACAACCAGCGCCAUGGGAUGUGUCUGUACCUGGAGCCUCAGGGGAUGCUGUUUGCUGAGGUGACAUUUUUCAACCCUGUCAUUGAGAGACGACCAAAGCUGCAAAGACAAAAGAAGAUUUUCUCAAAACAACAAGGUAAAACCUUCCUACGAGCCCCUCAGAUGAACAUCAACAUUGCUACCUGGGGUCGCCUAGUCAGACGAGCCAUACCCACUGUCAGCUCCAACUCCUUUAGUCCACAGGCUGCUGAGACUGGGCCCAGUAGUUUGCCUGGAUCCCCGACACCAAGCAGUGACCCACUGGUGACCAAGCUGGACUUUGACAAAGAACCCACCCCAGGACGCAAACAGUACCCGGUUCAUCACGACAUCCGGGAUCCUCUGGUGCAAGACAAGCUACCUGACAAGGAGGAAGUGCAGGAUGCACUCGCUUCAUUUGACUUCUUGAACAAGAGAAACAGCAUGACACCGAAGCAGGACCUGGACGGAGUCAUGGAUCAGCAGAUGCAGCAUCCAAACCUGGAGCUCAUCACCAUCCAGAAGGGCACAGAGAUAAGGGAAGAAGAUCCGUUCCACUUCCGUCUGCAGGACUUCAAAUGUGUUGCAGUUCUUGGACGUGGUCACUUUGGAAAGGUGUUGCUGGCAGAAUAUAAAAGCACAGGAGAGAUGUUUGCUAUCAAAGCUCUGAAGAAAGGAGACAUUGUGGCUCGCGAUGAGGUGGACAGUUUGAUGUGCGAGAAGAGGAUUUUUGAAACGGUCAACAGCGUGCGCCACCCGUUCCUGGUCAACCUUUUCGCGUGUUUCCAGACGCAAGAGCAUGUGUGUUUCGUCAUGGAGUAUGCAGCGGGAGGCGACCUGAUGAUGCACAUCCACGCUGAUGUUUUUUCUGAGCCCAGGGCCAUAUUUUAUGCAGCCUGUGUCGUAUUGGGAUUACAGUUCUUGCAUGACCAUAAGAUUGUGUACCGAGAUUUAAAGCUGGAUAAUCUGCUACUGGAUACAGAGGGAUAUGUAAAGAUUGCUGACUUUGGACUUUGUAAAGAAGGAAUGGGUUUUCGAGACCGUACCAGCACGUUUUGUGGCACACCAGAGUUUUUAGCUCCAGAGGUUUUGACUGAAACAUCGUACACCCGCGCUGUGGACUGGUGGGGAUUGGGCGUCCUCAUCUUUGAGAUGCUGGUUGGAGAGUCGCCCUUCCCUGGUGACGAUGAGGAGGAGGUGUUUGACAGCAUUGUCAACGAUGAAGUCCGUUACCCACAGUUCCUGUCGACCGAGGCCAUUUCCAUCAUGAGAAGGCUUUUGAGAAGAAGUCCAGAGCGACGUCUUGGAGCAGGAGAAAAGGACGCAGAGGAGGUCAAGAAACAUCUAUUCUUCAGGAACAUGGAUUGGAAUGGACUUUUGGCCAAGAAAGUGAAGCCACCCUUCGUGCCGAUUAUCCAGGGCGCUAAUGACGUCAGCAAUUUUGAUGAUGAAUUUACCUCCGAGGCACCGAUCCUAACCCCACCCAGGGAGCCCCGAGCGCUGAACUCUGAGGAGCAGCACAUGUUCUUUGACUUUGAUUACAUUGCCGACUGGUGUUAGCUUCAAUCAACCGACCCCCCUCUAUUACACACACACACACACAGACACACACUGUGAACCAGCCAACACAGAAGUGACAGUAGCUUCACAUCUUUUUAAAUUCUCCUCCUCCCUACCCAACGUGUUGAGAUCCAGCGGACUUCACGCAAAACUCUGUGCCAUUAAAUAGAAACUUCACAAGGAUUCCCAUUAUUAUUUUUUUAUCCACAUGAAGAAUGUUUUUUUUUUUGCUUUGUUUUUGUCUUUUAAAAAAGAACUUGGAGAGCGAAGGAGUCGUCGUCAUCGUGUCGCUUGUUUGACCACUGAGAUGAACUCAAACAUGGCAACAUCACAAUCAUGUUAUAUUGGUGUCACUGUCUUCAGUGUUUUGGUCUGUACAGUUUAUAUUCAAUCAUAUAUUUUAUUGUUUUCUUUAUUUGCAAAGCCCACAAGCUUCAGGACAUUUCUGCCACAAUCGUGUCUGAAACUGGUGUUUGGUGAGAGUGAGAUGCUGAAAGCGUCGCUGCCGAGCCGUUCAGCUCAAACAUCUUGACUACUACUGCUGCUUCCGUCUUCACCAGCUACGUGUGUGUAGGGUCCCAGUGCUCGUCCACAACUCACACCUUUUUUUAAAUCAGUGUGCAUGUUUGCAUGCAGGAUCUCACUGUUAAUAUUCGUUGGUAUAAAACAGUCAAGUCAGUGUGUUACAUAUAUAUUAUGAACUGUUAUGAAAUUGGCAGAGUAAAUUAAAAACACUACACGUUUCAUGUCUUUCUCAUGGCCUCGAAUGGUUCUAGAGGGUCGACAUUCACUACCUGCUUUUAUUUUUAUUCCAUAUUGAAUGACUGGCAUUUUUUUUACCUCAGUGGCAAUAACACAUAUGUGAGUCACACAGUUACAGCUAAAUUACCAAAUUCAUCCUGUCCCUCUUGAAGCAGCAGACAAAGUCUUCAUGUUAAACUGAUGAACCCAACGACAGAUGAACAAACCUGCUGAGCUCCUUUUCUCAGUAAGUUUAGUUUUCUGUUAAAAUGUCUUUAAAGGCUUCAUACUGUUCUGUGAUCCAGUUUCAAGCUGACGUAGUAAACACAGCUGGUGACUUUUUCAGUUUGCAUGUGGGAUAUGAAUCAGUCCAAUGUUCCAGUCUUGAUAUGAAAUCACUGCAGGGGAGGGCAGGGUAUAUUUUAUGUAUGUACACGGUUAAACUGAAAGCACUAAUUUUAUCAAUAGUCUUAAUUAUCUGCAGUUAAUGAUGAAAAUAGUUUGUACAUUUUUUUUAUUCUUUGCUUGUUCAUGCCAGGACAGACAUUAUGAACGGUACUCAGUACGAGUUGCAAGCGUUGCUGUUCACCCUGGUGUAAAAAAAGGACUCUGUUCAUCAUGAUUGCACAAAUUAAACGUUUUUAAUAGUG